GUCUCUUGGUUCUGUUAGUUUCUCGUUAUUCGUGUUAUGUAAGGUUUUCGUUGAUAGAAGAAAAAAAAUCGUUAAGUUUUGUCAACAGAUCCUGCUGUUGGCAUAAAACGUUAGUGAAGCUUCUUCGUUUGUUAGCAUGGCGCGACCUCUGCAGUUCUUCGGCCUCCUCGCUGGGUUUUCAGCUCCCUCCGUUCAUCUAAACUGCCUCAGAUCUUCCAGCAAAAUAAGCAGCAAAGCCUGGAUGGGCCAGAACCGUGUGGGUCCUGAUAGAGACAGAUCACAGAGGUCCAGAUUCAACGACGAUGGAGAGACUGAGCUGGAAGAGAUGGAGGAUAAACUGCAGGCUGUGCUGGACAAGGAGAGAAACAGACAGCGAUCAGUCAAAUAUGAUAUAAUAAGAAGGAAGAUGGCUCCAUCUGGAGCCCCCCAGAGGGAGCUAACAUGGGCUGCUAUUGAACAAAUAAGAUAUCUGAAGCAAGAACAGCCGGAGGAGUGGACGGUAGAGCGCCUUGCUGAGGGCUUCUCUGUUCCCUCACAUGUCAUCCUGAGGGUCUUGAAGAGCAAGUUUACCCCCUCUAAGGACAGAAAGGCCAAACAGGAUGCUAAAGCCAUGGCUAAACUAGGCCAGCAGGUGUUGCCUUCAGGCAGUCGGACAAAAGAGAAGCUGUUGAAGUUGGCUGCGAAUCAAACACCUGCCAUGCUAACAUCCGGGAGGACAGAGGAUGCUCUGAUAUCUGUCACUGCUCAGACACAGAUGUUGCAAAGUAAAGCUUUAAAAUCCGCAGUCACCGUUGAGCCUCCCAAACUACCAACUGGAAUUUGUAAAGACUCCACAGUGACGGGGUCAACGAUAGAUGAUGGUGGCAUUAGGGCAAAGCCUGAGGAGGCUGAAGAGCGUGAGGACAGCUGGGAUGGGCAGGUGCUGACAGAGGAGGAACUUGAGGAGCUCCUGGAUACAGAUAAACCCUCACCUGUGGUGCAGAUGGGGAACGAUUACUUUGAUGCAGAGGGAAACUUUUUGUAUCGAAUCUGAGAGCAUAAAAACUUGAAGAUGAAAUUGUGUAAUGUACAUUAUUGUACUAUAAUAAAGGCAUCUUAAAAAAAAAAUCU